AUGACUUCACGAAAUGUAUCUCGGUUUUGGGAGUGGGGAAAGAAAAUAAUCUGUGUCGGGAGGAACUACCCCGACCAUGCAAAGGAGCUGAAGAACGCCGUCCCAACAGAGCCCGUGUUGUUCCUAAAGACGCCAUCUGCAUAUCUGACAGAGGGCUCACCAAUCCUCAUUCCCAAAUACUCCAACAAUUUACACCAUGAAAUCGAGUUGGGGGUGGUCAUCGGGAAAGGGGGCACCGCUAUUCCCCAAUCCUCCGCGAUGGAACACGUCGCAGGCUACGCCCUGUGCUUGGACAUGACAGCUCGGGACGUCCAGGAUGACUGCAAGUCUAAAGGUCUUCCGUGGACUCUGGCCAAAGCGUUCAACACCUCUUGUCCAGUCAGUGAAUUCAUCCCCAAAGAGCGGAUUCCCGACCCGGGGAACGUGAAGAUCUGGCUCAAAGUGAACGACCAGAUGCGCCAGAAUGGCUGCACCUCUCAGAUGAUAUUCUCCAUUCCCUUUCUCAUCAGCUACAUCAGUGAGAUCAUCACCCUAGAAGAGGGGGAUCUGAUUCUCACUGGGACCCCCAAGGGUGUAUCCGCUGUGCAGGUGCACGAUGAACUACAUGCUGCAAUAGAUGAUGUUAUCAGCAUGACUUUUAAAGUUGGCAGACUUUGA